CAGGGAUUUUGAGGAGGGGGAGAUCUGAAGUGGCCUUGGAGGAGGGAUGGACGCAGCCGAGAGAGGUGAUCAUGAACUCCGGCUGAUACUGGUUGGAAAGUCUGGAGGUGGGAGGAGUGCCACAGGCAACACCCUCCUUGGCCGGAAGGUGUUCGAGUCCAUCUUGAGUGCAAAAACCACCACCCUGAAGUGCCAAAGCGGGCAGGGAACCUGGCAGGGCACGAAGAUCACUGUGGUCGACACGCCAGCCAUGUUUGAUGCUGAUGACUACACAGAGAUUGUGCGACGAGAGAUCAUGGCUUGCAUUCAGCUCUCCUGGCCCGGCCCCCACGCCUUCAUCUUGGUGACCCAAGUUGGACGCUUCACUGCCGAAGACGCGGCCGCCGCAAAAUGUGUCCGGGAUAUCUUUGGGGCAGAAUCCACCAGGCAUAUGAUUGUCCUCUUCACCUGCGUGGAGGAUUUGGGUGGAGACCCCCUGCAGGAGUACGUCCGAAACUCUGACAACAGGAAUCUAUGCGACCUGAUCCGGCAGUGCAGGAACCGCUUCUACGGGUUCAACAACAAGGUCACAGGAGCCAAGCGGGAGAGGCAGGUCUCGGAGCUGAUGGACAUUGUGCAGAGAACCGUUUUCCAGAAUGGCAGGAGAUACUAUGUCAACCGGCUAUACCUGGAGCCCAACUUACGGGAUGAGCACAUCCGGAUGUUCAUAAAGCAGAACCAAGAGCAAUACCGAAGAAGCAUCAACCUACUUUGUCUCCUUACAUUCUGUUGUGCCCUUUGCGGAUUGGCAUUGUCCUGGCUGAGAAAUGGGUUUGUUAGGGUGUUUUCCUGCCCGGGAAAUGGAGUUGUUGCGGCAUUGUCCUGGCUGAGAAAUGGGUUUGUUAGGGUGUUUUCCUGCCUGAGAAAUGGAGUUGUUGCGGCAUUGUCCUGGCUGAGAAAUGGGUUUGUUAGGGUGUUUUCCUGCCUGAGAAAUGGAGUUGUUGCGGCAUUGUCCUGGCUGAGAAAUGGGUUUGUUAGGGUGUUUUCCUGCCUGAGAAAUGGAGUUGUUGCGGCAUUGUCCUGGCUGAGAAAUGGCAUUCCCCAUGUUAUCCUGAUUGGCAUUCGGAUGCUUGACCGUGGACGGUAG